AUGCACUCAAUUGCUAUUUGCACAAUUUUUGCUGUCGUUUUGGGAAUCGCUUUUUGUGCAGAGCCAUCUGGGGUUCGUCACUUCCGAUACAUGUCAGCUUGUAACGCAAAAUGCACGGGAAAGAUAGCCGAUGUUGUCGCGUGUUGUGGCUCACUCAACGCAGGCAACUGGGCCACCUGUGACAAAUUCAAUCAAGCACUCUGUGCGUGGAAGGACAUUUCGUGGGCAAAAGAUGGCAACAGUUUGUGCGUCUUGUCAGGAAUUGAACAAUGCGUGACUCGAUAUCAAUUGACCAAU